UGUCCUCCACCGCGUGCGGCUCUAGGUGCCCCAGACGUGGAGCUGUCCAGCAGGGGGAAGGAUGGAUUCCAAAGAUGAAAGCUCACACGUGUGGCCCACAUCUGCAGAGCACGAAGAGAAUGCUGCACAGGUGCACUUUGUUCCUGACGCCGGAACUGUGGCUCAGAUUGUCUACACCGAUGACCAGGUUCGUCCGCCCCAGCAGGUGGUGUACACGGCAGAUGGUGCCUCCUACACUUCAGUGGACGGUCCUGAGCAUACCCUGGUGUACAUCCAUCCUGUGGAAGCCGCACAGACUCUGUUUACAGACCCAGGGCAGGUAGCUUAUGUCCAACAGGAUGCUACAGCUCAGCAGGCCUCGUUACCGGUGCAUAACCAGGUAUUACCUUCAAUUGAGGGUGUGGAUGGUUCAGACCCUUUGGCAACUCUGCAAAACCCUAUGGGUAGACUGGAGGCCAAAGAGGAGGAGGAUGAGGAUGAGGAUGAAGAUACUGAGGAAGAUGAGGAGGAAGAUGGUGAAGACACAGACCUGGAUGACUGGGAACCAGAUCCCCCUCGGCCCUUCGACCCACAUGACUUAUGGUGUGAGGAGUGCAAUAAUGCACAUUCUUCAGUGUGCCCAAAGCAUGGCCCCUUGCAUCCCAUCCCUAACCGGCCUGUGCUCACUAGAGCGAGAGCGAGCCUCCCCCUGGUCCUCUACAUCGACAGGUUCCUCGGAGGGGUGUUCUCCAAAAGGCGCAUUCCUAAGCGCACCCAGUUUGGCCCUGUGGAGGGACCCCUCGUCAGGGAGUCUGAGCUGAAAGACUGUUAUAUUCAUCUGAAGGUUUCCCUUGAUAAAGGGGACAGAAAAGACCGAGAUUUGCAUGAAGACCUGUGGUUUGAAUUAUCUGAUGAGACCCUUUGUAACUGGAUGAUGUUUGUACGUCCAGCCCAGAAUCACCUGGAGCAGAACCUGGUGGCUUACCAAUAUGGCCACCAUGUGUAUUACACCACAAUAAAGAACGUAGAACCCAAACAAGAACUGAAGGUGUGGUACGCUGCAUCCUAUGCUGAGUUUGUGAACCAGAAAAUUCAUGACAUCUCUGAGGAAGAAAGGAAAGUUCUUCGUGAGCAAGAGAAGAAUUGGCCCUGCUAUGAAUGUAACCGCCGAUUUAUAAGCUCGGAGCAGUUGCAACAGCAUCUCAAUUCCCAUGAUGAAAAACUUGAUGUGUUUAGCAGAACAAGAGGCAGAGGAAGGGGACGAGGCAAGAGGCGAUUUGGCCCUGGUCGACGGCCAGGACGCCCUCCAAAAUUUAUCCGCUUGGAAAUAGCCAGUGAAAAUGGGGACAAAUGUGACGACGGGACACAGGACUUGCUACAUUUUUCCACCAAGGAACAGUUCGAUGAGGCUGAGCCAGCUACUCUGAAUGGGCUGGAUCAACCAGAACAGCCCACUCUCCCCAUCCCUCAGCUGCCACAGGAAACCCAGCCUUCUCUGGAACACGAGCCAGAAACUCAUAGCCUACACCUGCAGCCCCAGCACGAGGAGAGCGCGCUGCCUACCCAGAGCACCCUGACGGCCGAUGACAUGCGCAGAGCCAAGCGUAUCCGACUGGAGCUGCAGAAUGCAGCUCUUCAGCAUCUGUUUAUUCGGAAGUCCUUCCGGCCUUUUAAGUGUUUGCAAUGUGGGAAGGCCUUCCGUGAAAAGGACAAACUGGACCAACAUUUGCGCUUCCAUGGGCGGGAGGGGAACUGCCCGCUGACCUGUGAUCUCUGUAACAAGGGCUUCAUCAGCAGUGCGUCCUUGGAGAGCCACAUGAAACUCCAUUCGGACCAGAAGACUUAUUCUUGCAUUUUUUGCCCGGAAUCCUUUGACCGCCUUGAUUUGUUGAAGGAUCACGUGGCCAUUCAUAUCAAUGAUGGCUGCUUCACGUGCCCAACUUGUAAGAAACGAUUCCCAGAUUUUAUCCAGGUGAAAAAACACGUGCGAAGCUUCCACUCAGAAAAGAUCUACCAGUGUACAGAGUGCGACAAGGCCUUCUGCCGUCCUGACAAACUGCGUCUUCACAUGCUCCGACAUUCAGACCGCAAAGAUUUCCUGUGUUCCACGUGCGGGAAGCAAUUUAAGGGUUCAAUCAGGGAAGCAAACCCACUGGAGUUAUGCAGUAAGGGAGUUUCUUACAGGAAUAAGAACGUCAUCGUAGAAGAAGAUAGAGAAGCAAGGGUCUGGCAGGAGAGGUUGGAGGAUCCGAGAGAAGCCACUAAUGCACCCUUCUGCAGCCCUGGUCCGAGUGGACUAUGUUAUUACUGCUACUGUAAUAAGGUUUAUAAAAGUGCCAGCAAACGAAAAGCCCAUAUUCUGAAGAACCAUCCAGGGGCUGAGCUCCCACCAAGCAUUCGCAAACUCCGUCCAGCUGGCCCAGGAGAGCCAGACCCCAUGCUGAGCACCCACACCCAGCUCACGGGCACAAUAGCUACCCCUCCCGUGUGCUGCCCUCACUGCUCCAAACAGUACAGCAGCAAGACCAAGAUGGUACAGCACAUUCGAAAGAAGCACCCAGAGUAUGCCCAGCUCCCUAACACCUUACAUCCACCGCUGACGACAGCUGUGAUCAGUGCUGCCCCGGCUGUGUUAACCACAGACAGUGCUACCGGGGAGACCGUGGUGACAACAGACCUCCUAACCCAAGCCAUGACAGAGCUGUCCCAGACCUUAACAACUGAUUACCGAACGUCGCAGGGGGACUACCAGAGAAUUCAGUAUAUUCCUGUGUCCCAGUCGACAUCUGGUCUUCAGCAACCUCAGCACAUACAGCUUCAAGUGGUACAGGUGGCUCCGGCCACUUCCCCACACCAGUCUCAGCAGUCCACUGUGGACGUUGGCCAGCUCCACGACCCUCAGACCUACACCCAGCAUGCCAUCCAGGUGCAGCAUAUCCAAGUCACAGAGCCCACUUCCUCCACCCCCUCAUCAUCCCAGGUAACUGGGCAGCCCUUGAGCCCUGCCUCCCAGCAGUCCCAGCAAGGGCUCAGCCCCUCGCAGAUACAAGGCGGCGCCUCCACACCGGGCCAGGCUCUCCAGCAGCAGCAGGGCUCCUCUGUACAACACACCUACCUACCCAACGCUUGGAACUCCUUCCGUGGCUACUCAUCGGAGAUUCAAAUGAUGACACUUCCCCCAGGUCAGUUUGUGAUUACAGACAGUGGUGUGGCCACUCCUGUCACCACUGGCCAAGUAAAGGCAGUUACGCCGGGUCAUUAUGUGUUAUCAGAAAGUCAACCAGAAUUGGAGGAAAAGCAAGCUUCUGCUCUCUCCACGGGAGUCCAGGUUCAGCCAGCUACACAUAGUGACUUGGACCCCCAGACCACCAGCCAACAGCAGCCCACACAGUACAUCAUUACAACCACCACCAACGGGAAUGGGAGCAGCGAAGUGCAUAUCACUAAACCUUAACUUCUACCCUUGAGCUUGAAUCCAGCAGUCACAUCAUGUCUUUUCUCAUGCAUAAGUUUGAAAGCUUCCAACACUUGGAACUCUUUUUUUAAGAUUUAUCAUUCACUCAAGAAUUUGGAAACCACAGUUUUGACACUCUACACACACUGGGGCUCCUUUUAUAAAGGUCAUCUUUACCAAACUGACUCUUCAAACCCUAGGAGCUUCUGCCAUGGAAUGGAGAUCUUUCAGGGGAAAGUAGAUUUCAAGGUGGAGAAACUUCGCCUUACUCUUGAGUUGGUUUUUUUAACACAUUGAUAGGCCUUACUUUUCCUUUGUGGAAAUACUAGGUGGUGUAUCACGUUUGUACCAAAGGUGGAGAAAGGAUGUGCCAAGUCCAUGGCCACUGGACUUCUUCAUUCCAAGCCAUGGCACUGAAGGAGAUGGGCAUUUUAUUCAGUCAGAACUGCUUCAUCUUUUGAGUUUGCGUUUUCGGUAAUUUAACAAGGGGAGCCUAUUGAACAUGAAAAUAAAGACAAUGAAACAGA